GUCGGGGCCCCGGCUGCAGGGGGGGGAAAAUCAAAAUGGCGACUCAGAGCGGAGCAGCGUCGGGCAGCCUGGCCCCCGGGGUGGAUUCCGGCGGAGAGGAGGCUUUUAAGCUCUUUCUCACCGAGGUUAAGCAAAUUGAAAAGAGGGACUCUGUUCUGACUCCAAAACAGCAAAUUGAAAGACUGACGAGACCUGGAUCCACCUACAUUAACCUAAAUCCAUUUGAAGUAUUGCAGAUAGAUCCUGAAGCAACAGAUGAAGAGCUGAAAAAGCGGUUCAGACAGCUAUCAAUCUUGGUCCAUCCAGACAAAAAUCAAGAUGAUCCUGAAAGAGCGCAAAAGGCUUUUGAAGCUGUUGACAAAGCUUACAAGAUGUUAUUGGAACCAGAACAGAAGAAACGUGCUAUCGAUGUGAUACAGGCAGCAAGGGAAACAAUAGAACACAAUAUGAAAGAAAAAAGAAAGGCAUUAAAGAAAGAGGGAAAGCCUUGCAUUGUGGAAGAGGAUGACCCUGAAACCUUCAAGCAAUUGGUACACAAACAAACUAUGAAGCUGUUUGCUGAAUUAGAAAUUAAAAGGAAGGAGCGGGAAGCCAAGGACAUGCAUGAGAGGAAACGGCAAAGAGAAGAGGAGAUUGAGCAGGAAGAGAAAGCAAAACGAGAUAAAGAGUGGCAGAAAAAUUUUGAGGAAAGUCGAGAUGGUCGUGUUGAUAGCUGGAGAAACUUCCAAGCCAAUAAAAAAGGCAAGAAAGAAAAGAAACAAAGGAGUUUCCUCAAGCCACCAAAGGUUAAGAUGGAGCAGCGAUAAGAGCCAUCUGGAAAUAUUUUACGUAAAAUAGGAAAACACAAACAACUAUAGCAAUGUUUACUCCAGAACAUGUUCUUCGCUUAGGAGUAGUUUGCAGUUUAGUGGCACAAAUGUUUUUUUUUCCCCUGUCCAUUCUACUGACUCAUAUGUGUUGUAGUAGCUAAUACUAUUUUUUUAGUUUCAUCCCUGAUAAUCGAUGUGGCAGGGCUCACUGCUUCCUGUUUCUAAACCAAUAUGAUGUAAAUGUACAGUAUAAAAGAGGUUGAUAAUGGCCUUGUAUCCUUUUGAAAACCUUUAAUUUUUAAGCCCUGUAAUUUAACGUUUUGUAACCUUUUUGUACUGUGAACAAUUUGUCUAUCUUUAGCCAUCAAAGGUAAUCAUUAAAAGUGUUUGGAAAUAA